AUGGCGAACUCACCAACGCCGCCUGCCAUGAUCCCGACGGCGGUCUUGGCUCUCGGGCUAGCAUUCCUGAUCUGCGCCGGCAGGCCCACGGCCGCGCAGCACUGCGGCUGCCAGCCAGGCUUUUGCUGCAGCAAGUUCGGUUACUGCGGCAAGACCAGCGACUACUGCGGCGAGGGGUGCAAGUCGGGCCCGUGCUGGGGCUCAGGAGGAGACCGCGGCGCGUCUGUGGCGAGCGUCGUCACCGAGUCCUUCUUCAACGGCAUCAAGUCCCAUGCCGGGAGCUGGUGCGAGGGCAUAGGCUUCUACACGCGAAGCGCGUUCCUCGAGGCCGUCGCCGCGUACCCGGGCUUCGCGCAUGGCGGCUCGGAGGUCGAGGGCAAGCGCGAGAUUGCCGCCUUCUUCGCGCAUGUCACGCACGAGACCGGGCAUUUAUGCUACAUCAACGAGAUCGACGUGGCGAAAUACUGCGACUGGACGAGUGAGAAGCAGUGGCCGUGCUACCCGAUGCAGGGGUACUACGGGCGCGGCCCGCUGCAGCUGUCGUGGAACUACAAUUACGGGCCGGCGGGGAGGAGCCUCGGCUUCGACGGGCUGCAGGACCCGGACAGGGUGGCCCAGGACCCCGUGUUGUCGUUCAAGUCGGCGCUCUGGUACUGGAUGGAAAACAUGCACCAGCUCAUGCCCCAGGGGUUCGGCGCCACCAUCAGGGCCAUCAACGGCUUCGAUGAGUGCCACGGCGGGAAGAACACGGCCGAAAUGAAAGACCGGGUGCGAUUCUACCUGGAGUAUUGCCACCACUUCGGCAUUCACCCGGGGAGUGACCUCACUUGCUAG